ACAUUCUUCUUCCACAGAAGAAGACACUACUCUCUGCAAGCCCCGCCCCUUCCUCGUUUUGUCACCUCCUGAACAAGCCCUGAAUGAAUCCAGCUUUUGAUUAUUUACUGCACACAUCUUCAGACCUUGAGGUAUCUGUCAAGUAAGAUGGCAAAAACAGUCACCAAGGUGAUUUCCUAUGCUGAACUCAAAGCCCUUGUUGGAAAGAGUCCCUCUUUGGUCCUGAUAGAUGUACGAGGAAAUGGUGAAUAUGCUAAUGGACACAUCCCCGGAUCAGUGAACAUCCCACUGGACACCGUGGAGACAGCUUUGUCAAUGUCACCAGAGGAAUUCAAGGCCAAGUAUGGAGUGACCAAGCCCCAGAUGGAUGCUCCCGAGUUGGUCUUUCACUGUCAAUUGGGCAGAAGAGGAGAAAUGGCCACUAAAAAGGCCCACGAGAUGGGAUAUAUAAAUGCACGCAAUUAUCCAGGGGCAUACAAGGAGUGGUCUGAAAAAGAGGGAAAAUGAUGGAAGAGUCCACUGAGUGUAUUUAAUGAAGAUAAUUAGCCAACUACUUUAUGUCUGAUGACUGUUUUGCCGAUUAAGCUUAUGUUGGUUAGCUUUAAACAAUUAACUGUAAGUCAAAAAAUAAAGUUACUGAAUUGUU